AUGUCAAGGUCAGAGAGUGACAGUCAAGCUCUGAAUGCAUAUAUAUUGGACUAUCUGGUCAAGUGUAAUCUGGUCAGUAGCAGCGCAGCAUUCAAGUCUGAGCUAAAGAAUACGACGAGCACACCAGUGACGGACAUCAAUGUGAUCGACACAAAGGAUGGCUUUCUAUAUGAUUGGUGGACGGCCUUCUGGCCACACUUCAACUCGAGGAAUCUAAACGAUCAGGACGGCACCUCCAAGCUCUAUCUAGAUCUUGUCGCCAAUCAUCAUCAACAACAUCAUCAUCCUCAGGCUUCCCAACUUGUACAGGGACAACAGCAGCAGCAUCAGCAGCAGCAACAACAGCAUCAGCAACAUCUUCAGCAGCAACAACAUCUUCAACAACAGCAUCAACAACAACAGCAACAUAUUAUGGGUCGACCAGCUCAGCCGCAGCAAGUUCAAACAAUGCAAUCGGCAUACCUACAACACCAACAACAUCAACAACAGCAGCAACAUCUGCAACAACAACAACAUCUUCAUCAACAACAUCAACUUCAACAACAGCAGCAACAACAGCAACAGAUCAAUCAGAGCAAUCCAGCAUUGCACAUGCAUCCACAACAGAUGGUUGGCCAACCUCCUCAUCAAUUUCAAACUCCCCAACAGACUCAGCAGCAGCAACAACUGCAACAGCAGCAACAACAACAGGCUCUUGCUCAACAACAACAACAACAUCAUCCACAGUUUGAGGGCAUGCCCAUGCCGAUGCAGAUCCCCGGACAGCCGAUCGGGGCGCCGCCAGGCAUGCCCGUGUACACUGCUCAGAAUGAUCACAGACUGGUGCGCACAUUCAGUGGCGGUCGCCAGUUCUCCAUGCCCGCUCAGCCGGGCCAAACAGCAUCGCCAACACUCCAACAGACAUCUGCAUCGUCUGCAUCACCACACGCGCCACUGACACCAACGACUGCGCCCACUGGACAACAACAUGGAUUCCUCUCACAGUCCCACCCUCUACCAACUGCAGCGAAUCAGCAGCAGCAACAUCAACAGAACGCACCUGUGGUUGCGUCGACACCUCCACAGACGAUAACGACGCCUCCGAUGGCACAACACCCUACCCCUAGCACUUCCCCACCCAAUGCCAUUAAGUCCGAGCACGAGCAACACCCACAACAACAACCAGACUUUAAGAUGCCAGGCAAGCAUUCUCCAAAGAAGAAGAAGUCACAUGAUCAGAUGCCAACAUCAAUGGUUGGUGCAGCGGCCGCACAACAGCAACAACAACAACAAGCGCAACAACAGCAAUCGAUACCUCAACAACCUCCAGCAAUGCUGGCCAAGAGGUCGACGUCACAGGAGGUGCUGUACCCGACGCCACCAGUCAGCAAAUGGAAUGGUUUCUAUCCGAAUCCAGCAGCGGCCAACCCAGCAAUGUUGAUGCAUAUGCAGGCACAGGGCGGCCCCGCCAACAUGUACUACCCCUAUCAUCCGGGGAUGGUGCAUGGUCCAGGCGGCGUCCCGGGUAUCGCCCCACAAAUGAUGCCCAACCAAAUGGUUGCCAUGGGUCAGCCACAGCCACCACCACACAUGCAAUUCGGCCUGCCGCCUCAUAUGUUGACUGGCAACAUCAUCCCUUCUGCCACGCUAUCCGGAUCCGUCCCGCCAGCCACCGGACCCCCAACCCUAACGCCAGCUGGUGGCGCUGGCGCACAACAAGCUCCCCCUGUAAUUCCACCAAUGCCUGGCGCAACCAACAACAGCAAUAGUAGUAAUAGUAGUGGCAGUGGCAGUGGUAAUGCCAAGCCAAAGGCACGAACAAACCGCAAGAGUUCACAAACGGACGUUGAGCUGCCGUCCAACUCAUCGACGUCGGCGACCGCAGCCGACGGAUCAUCGUCAGGCAAGUCGACGGGCAAGUCGAGCAAGAAGAGAAAGGCAUCAAUAACAGAGGCGCCAUCCGGUGUCCCUGAUCCGAACAAUGCGCUAUCAGGCAGCGCAAGCACAGUUCCAAGCGCAACAACAUCCAACAAGUCAAGCAAAACCAAGCGACCCGCCAAGUCACCUCAGAUCACACAGCCGUCCCCAUCACAAGACCUACCAUCGCCACCAUCCAUCGAGCAAGCCUCACCCUCACCUUUCACCCCACAACAACAUCAACCUCCUCAGUCUCCAGCGCAACAACUACAACAGCAACAACAACAACAUAAUAAUAGUUACAAUCAACUUAAUAUCAAUGCUGGCAGUCCCUCAUCUCAACAACAACAACAGAGUACCAAUGGUCCAAUGCAAACUGAACAACUUAUCAACAAUCAUUCACACAGCCUACAGAACGGAGGUAGCAUAUCAUCACCUGAUCACCCAUCGUCAGACGGAACGCCCAAGCGAUCAGUGUCAAUGUCCAACAUGGCGACGACGCCACCAAUGGGCGCAGUGGUGUCCAGUCCAUCGCAAUCCAACAACAACUCUGGUCAGCAGCAGCAACAGCCACAGAUGAUAUAUUUGAAUCAAUCGGCGCCCGUCCCCAACAACGCUCUCUCCUCCAACAACAACAACAACAACAAUUCACUUCAAAAGUCGCUACAAACGUUCACAUUCUCACCGAUGAUGUCUGGCAUCACUGGACAGACGUAUGACUUUAGCAACACGAGCCUCGUCGAUGGAAUGCUCGAUCCAUCUCAAGGCAAUGGUGCAUCUCCCCACACCCGACCCACCAAAUUCCAACUAUCCAUGAACAUUGGCUCUGGACCAGUAUCCUUCAGUUCUCUUGGCACUCAACCAAGUGAUGAUAUGUAUUUAUUUAACGAAUCAAUGUCCACUGACAAUAUGUCAAAGGAUGAAGAAUACCUUUCAUUUCUGGAAGAGAAAAAGACUGGAGAGAUAUAG